UGGAGGCUGGGACGAGUGUUGAACUUGAGGCCACCCAGAGGCAACCCCCUGGCUGAUGAUAAGAAGGGCGAAGAGAGAGAAUAACAAUUAGAGGCAGCCAGAGGAGAGAGAACCGGGCUGGAUUCUAAAGCUUUUCGAUGCCGUUAAGAACAUACCUCAACUACAAGGGGAUCCCUCUCCCCACAGAGGGUUUCUCAGAGGAAUCACUCAGCUUUACGGAAAAUGAAUUCCAAAUGCUGGAUGACGAUACAGUUGUUGUCACUUACCCCAAAUCAGGUACCAUUUGGAUGUCAGAGAUCUUGGGCUUGAUUUGGCACAAUGGAGACCCUGCGUGGGUAAGGAGUGCGAUAGUAUGGGACCGGAUGCCCUGGAUUGAGACUGUCGACGGCUUGAAGAUUGCCUUGGAAAGUCCUCCACCCAGGCUCCUAGCUAGUCACCUGCCAUUCCAGCUUUUCCCAAAGUCCUUUCUUCACUCAAAGGCCAAGGUUAUCUACACCAUGCGCGAUCCCAGAGACGUGUUGAUCUCACACUAUCACUUUUCCAAAAUUUUAAAAGUACUGAAGGAGCCCGGUACUGUGGCGGAGUUCCUGGAAACGUUUUUGAAAGGGAAUGUGAUCUAUGGUUCUUGGUUCGAUCAUAUAAAGGGCUGGAUGCAGAUGAAAGAUAAGCCCAACUUCUUCUGGAUCACCUAUGAAGAGUUGCAGCAGGAUCUCCGAGCCAGUGUGGAGAGGAUUUGCCACUUCCUUGGGAAGGAGCUCAACAGUCAUCAGAUCGACGCUGUGGUGGAAAAUGCGUCCUUCAAGAGGAUGCAGGACAACAAAAUGUCCAAUUUGUCUACCUUACCAGAGGAGAUGAUGGACCACAAAGAAGGAAAGUUCAUGAGGAAAGGGAUCUGUGGGGACUGGAAGAACCACCUGACAGUGGCACAGAAAGAACACUUUGACCGUGUUUAUCAGGAGAAUAUGCGGGGCGUGAACAUGACGUUUCCAUGGGAGUGAAGAACGCCAGAUUGUUCUCCUGCUCGGCUCACUGCAGCUCUUCUAAUCUCCUUGACCAAGAAACGGGGUCACUGGUCCAUUCCUGUUCCUCCAGAUGUCAUCAGAUAUAGCUGAAUUGGCAAUGCAGGGCUUCCUACAGCAGAUGGCAGCAGUGGGCAAAAAACACGUAAAUUUGAAAAGCAAGAUCUGGGCCUAAUA